CAUUCUGACAGUCUUUCUCUUAUUCUGAAAUGGGUCACUCACAGCACAGAAUCUUCUUUCUUGCUCUUGGUGGUUCUCACUAUAAGAUUCUGAUGAUCUACUUGUAAUUUUAUUAAUGGGUUUUGGGUUUGGGGUAUACCAUAACGGAGACUCUGGUUUGAGGGUAUUUUAAAAGUGUCAAGUGGGUUGGCUGGGGGUUUUUGUGCAAUUAAGGUCUGUUUUGUUCUUUUAUUCUAUAGAGUUGAAAAUCGUUUAGUGGUGAACAGUAAUCACUGUUAUAAGCAAAGCAUUAAACAAGUGAAUGUGGAAAAGGACUACUACAAGCUCGAAUUGAAGGUGGGUCUCGCCUCUCUUUCAGAUGGAUUAGACUAGUAAUUUGCUUGGUGCAAUGGUAAAAGCUAUCGCUCUUUGGUUGUUGGUUGCUUGUCUAUUGAUCUCUGUUUCUGCCAUUGACAAUGGAUUCGCCCAUUAUCAUUGCGACGACGAGGGGCUUUGGAGCAUACAUAGUAUUCUUGAGUGUCAGAAAGUGAGUGAUUUCUUGAUUGCGAUAGCGUAUUUCUCGAUCCCCGUUGAGCUACUUUACUUCAUUAGCUGCUCGAGUGUACCAUUCAAAUGGGUACUUCUUCAAUUCAUUGCGUUCAUAGUUCUUUGUGGAUUGACCCAUUUGAUCAAUGGUUGGACCUAUUAUGGCCCUCACCAGUUGAUGCUAGCCCUAACCAUUGCCAAAAUCCUCACAGCCCUUGUUUCUUGCGCAACUGCAAUAACGCUUUUGACGCUAAUCCCUCUCCUUCUCAAAGUGAAAGUGAGAGAGCUUUUCUUGAAACAGAACGUGUUAGAGCUAGACCAAGAGGUUGGGAUGAUGAAGAAACAGAAAGAAGCAAGCUGGCAUGUUCGGAUGCUGACCCAAGAAAUUAGGAAAUCACUUGAUAAGCACACGAUAUUGUACACCACUUUGGUUGAGCUUUCCAACACGUUGGAUCUGCAAAAUUGUGCAGUUUGGAUGCCAAACGAGAUUAAGACAGAGAUGAACUUGACCCAUCAGUUGAAAGCAAGUUCUUCAAACAGUUGCCAUCAGUUACUUCCUAUUAAUGACCCUGAUGUAUUAGAGAUAAGAAACAAAAAGGGGGUUAGGGUUUUGAGGCCAGAGUCUGCACUUGGGGCUGCAAGCAGUGGUGGGUCUGCAGAGUGGGGUGCAGUGGCGGCAAUUCGGAUGCCUAUGCUUCAUGUUUCAAAUUUUAAAGGGGGUACGCCAGAGUUUGUUGAGACUUGUUAUGCCAUAUUGGUUUUGGUUCUUCCGAGUGCAAGUAACAGAGUUUGGAGCUAUAAUGAGAUGGAGAUAGUGGCAGUUGUUGCUGAUCAAGUGGCUGUGGCUCUCUCCCAUGCUGCAGUUCUAGAGGAAUCCCAACUAAUGAGGGAAAAAUUGGAAGAGCAAAAUCGCAUGCUACAACAGGCGAAGGAGAAUGCAUUGAUGGCAAACCAGGCACGGAACUCUUUUCAGAAAGUGAUGAGCCAUGGGAUGAGGAGGCCUAUGCACUCAAUCUUGGGCUUACUUUCAAUGUUUCAAGACGAUAGUUUGAGAUCCGAGCAAAAAAUCAUUGUCGACACGAUGGUGAAAACUAGCAACGUCCUUUCUACUUUAGUAAAUGAUGGAAUGGAGAUUUCAGCCAAAGAUAACGGAAGAUUUCCGUUAGAGAUGAGGCCUUUUCAGCUGCAUUCUAUGAUUAAGGAAGCUUCUUGUCUUGUCAAGUGCUUGUGUGUUAGCAAGGGCUUUGGUUUUAUCGUAGAUGUUGAGAAUUCUUUGCCCAAUCAAGUGAUGGGCGAUGAGAGGAGGACGUUUCAGGUCCUAUUUCAUAUGGUUGGGCAUCUACUGAAUGUCAGUGACAGAGGGAGGUCUGUUAUCUUUCGGGUAGUUUCUGAGAAAGGAAAUGAGGGCAGGAAUGAGAAAGUUUGGGGAAUGUGGAGACCAAACGCGAAUGAAGAGCACGUGAGUGUAAAAUUUGAAAUUGAACUUAAUGAUAGAGGCUCUCAAUCAAAUGAUGGCUCGAUCGCUACCAUACAUUUUGCUGGUAGGAGGCACAACAGCAACAAUGCCAAGGAGGGCCUCAGCUUCAGCAUGUGCAGGAAACUCGUGCAGAUGAUGCAAGGUAAUAUCUGGAUAUCCUCAAAUUCUCUGGGUGAGGCACAAAGCAUGACUCUUGUUCUCGGGUUUCAAAUCCAACCUUUUAGGAGAGCCAUGUUUGAACCUGGAAAUGUACCAGAGCAACCAAAAUCAAACACUAUGUUCAGAGGCCAGCAAGUUAUGUUAGCUGAUGAUGAUGACAUAAACAGAACCGUGACAAAAAGGCUGCUCGAGAAACUUGGUUGCCAAGUAACUGCCGUUUCAUCUGGAUUUGAAUGUUUGAGUGCACUUGGCCCAACUGGGAAUUUGUUUCAAGUAGUUGUUUUAGAUCUUCAAAUGCCUGAAAUGGAUGGGUUUGAAGUGGCCAUGAGAAUCAGAAAGUACCGAAGCCACAAUUGGCCAUUGAUCAUAGCCCUCACUGCAAGUGCUGAGGAACAUGUUUGGGAGAGAUGCUUACAAGUAGGAAUGAAUGGUGUUAUUCGAAAACCUGUACUUUUGCAAGGAAUGGCUGAUGAGCUUCGAAGAGUCCUUCAACGGGCAAAUGAAGGAAUGUGAAGUUAGUAAGUAAAUUUAGAAGAUUUUGUGUCAUCAUUUCUUCAAAGUAUUUACCGGGCUUAUAGGAUCAAUACCGUCAAGAUACUAGCAUAGAAAUGUUUAGUAUUAUUUCACUAAACCUUGAACAAACUAGAGCUGCUAGUUUUCUCGAACCAUGGUCAUAAUUUAGCUUCACCUUUUUAACUUUAUAGGGUGAAUAAAAAGUUGUGUUCUUCUAUACAAAAUCUUCACCAUGAUUCACUAAAUUCAAAUCUCAUAAAUCUAAUUGUAUAUGAUCCUUCAGGUCUGGUAUUGUGUAUGGGAUUUUCUUUGCAGAAUUGAGUAGCAUGAAAAUGUAUUUGUAAGUUCUUACCA